UUCAUUCCCCAAUGGACAAAAAAUUAAAGAAAACUUUAAUAGAAUUAUUAGAUAUAGCACCUUUGAAGCUAGUUGGUAUUUUAAAAAAAUAUCCAUCAUUAAAGCGAGUAGAUAUUGAGAAUGUAAAACUUGCCCAUAGUACAUUAAUUAAUUUUGGUAUUGAUCAAGAUCAGAUUACUGAAAUACCACAAUUAAUUGCAUUGUUGCCUGUAGUUAUUGAGAAUCGCUGUUUAUUACUACAAGAAUUUGGAUUUAAUAAAAUCACGGCUCAAUUAUUAUUACGAUAUUUAGUUACUGUUAAAAAACGUGUAUCUUUAUUAAAAUCGCAUGGAUUGCUGCCUGCCGACGCAAAUGUACCUGAAAACAUAUAUAGUUAUAUAGAAAAACCACCAAAAACUGCUCCUAUGUUACCGAUUUUAGAUGAAAAAAAAUCAUUGUAUGAAGUUUAUAUGUCUGUGCGGGAACACUACCUUACUUGGCGACUUGAAUUUCCAAAUCGAGAUUCAUAUUUGAGUAUAUUAAAUACUUACUGUCGAUUAAAACAUAAAAGUUUUCGUUCUGUUGAGGAAACAAUUAAAAUACUCGAAAAUGAUCUUGGUUUUACAAAAGAACGAAUUCGAAAUCAUGGUUAUCUACUACACAGUAAUCCACAUAAUACUAGAAGUAUAUUAUCUGAGAUCACAGAAAUUGGUGGAAUGCCAAUACACGAAGUUUUAAAAAAAUAUCCAAAAGUCAUAAUGACAAAUGUAAAGACUAUUAAAGAAAUUAUCCAAAUUUUAAAAGAUAACAAUAUACCAAAUGAAUCAAUACAGCAAUCGUAUACUAUUUUUACUAUGGCAUCCAGAUCGAUUUUGAAUCGUUUACAUCAAUUAAAAGAAAUACCAGAAUUUAAUGUGUUGUCGAAAAAUAAACGUAUUUUAAAGUUAGUAAAUCAUCAGCAUAAAGCGAAACAACGCUUAGAAUAUUUACAUAAAAUUAAAAUGCGUAAUGCCAGUUUACAUAUUUUAUCAUCUACUGAUGCGGAUUUUGAAAAGUAUGUAAUUAGUGGUGCCGAUAAAACUCGUGGAAUGGAUGUGAUUAAUUAUUUGAAAGAUAAAUUAAAAGAUAAAUCAAAUGAUAUACGAUCUGAAUUAAUGAAGCACCCAUUUUGGUUUCAUGUACCACUUGUACAAGUAUCUGAAACUUGCGAAUAUUUAUGUAAAAAUUAUAAUGUUCAGGAUAUAAAAGAAGUAGCACAAAUAUUAUUGUAUCCAAAGGAAAAAGUGAAAACAGAAAUAUUGAACAUUCGAAAUGUUCCAGAAAUUAAAAGAAAAUGGCUUUCACCUGUGCAAGAAUUAAAUUUAUGUCUUUAUUAUUUAGAAAAACCGCACCAUUUUUCUGGUGAUGGAAUCUGGAAAAACGAAACUAUAAGUUAAUUAUUUCA